AUGACAUGCGACAAUGACGAAUACAACGACCCUUACAAGAUCGAUAUAAACUUAGAGGACGACGAAGAUGACAUGCGUAAGCAUCAUUUCGAAAAAGGCCUUAGCGCACUCUUAGCCGACGAGAAUUUUCUACUCCUUUACGUGCCGGAAGAUGGAGGGCGAAUGGAAGUUGUACGUCCUGCCAGUGAUUCAUACCAUCGAAAACGCAUGAUCAAAAGGAUCAAUGAAACGAAACGCGGCGUUCCAUCAUUUUACUACGCAUUGUCGCAUCUUUGGGGGCUUAAAAAAGACAACCGGUUCUUGUGGAAGGGUAUCAGAAAACACGUGGAUGACGAAGAAGGACAACCCAUGAAACCUGUUUCCAUGCGACCUGAGAAACGACAUACAUUGUUGUCAAUGCUCAGAGAUCAUCCUGACAGCUAUUGGUGGAUUGACGUUUUAUGUGCACGUACCGAUACGCCAUUGGAUAUCAUGGGAGAUAUUUAUGCAUGCUGCCUUGAAUGCAUCGCCCUGAUUGACUGUGAACCUGCUCUGAUAUCAAACAUUCACAAAAAUUUGGAUGCGGUAGAGAAACUCGAGAAAUUAUUGACGCGCAAACUACGACGAUCCCCAACAAACAAGGAGUUGCAUAAAACCAAGGCUCCCCAACUCAUUGAUCUCUUGGAUACAUUCUUCCAAUGUGAAUGGUGGCAACGUGUAUGGACCUGGCAAGAGCUGGCUCUACCUCUUGGAGAGGUGCGAUUCAUGGCUGAAACAGAGACUCACAGACUCCAAACAACCAACACAAUUACUACGGAUGACUUAAAGGGAAUUAACCUCUUACUCCAAUCGCUGCUAACCAGUUGGCCAGAAUAUGUCAGGUUUGCGACAUCCUACGAAGCCUGUAAAAGACUCAGUGGCGCAUUUGCUGCUAGAACAUGCAACGCUUAUCAUAUAUAUAUGACCCGAAGUGAGAUAUUGUAUAAUACAAUGGUACCAUUGAUGCUUUCCGAGCGACGAUGUUAUGAUCCAUGUGAUUAUGUUUAUGGUGUGCUCGGAAUGCUACGAAUCAAAAUCCCAAGGAUGACCGAUCCUAAUGAUGUUUGGCGCCAUUUCUUGUCCAAGCUGGAUGAUUUAGCUCCGCUUGACUCUGGACGAUGGAUGGACUAUGCAGACGAAAUCGAUUUGCGAAAAGUUGAAAAUAUUGGCGUCAUAUACAGCAAGUUGGCCGAAAUUGGUAAAGUGACAGAAUAUGUGUUGCAAAACACUUAUGUAGAAGUCAAUUAG